AUCAGUCAACACACUGAAAGCAGCUUAAGCUGGUUGCCAACCGCCGUUAAUAUCACACUAAGAAGAGAGCAGCUUGUUUCAAGUGACUGACCCAGGUGGGCUCCCUGAAUGGUCAUCAUGAAAGCAGGCAGUUCAAGGUGCGCCUUCUCCCUGGGUUUCCUGGUGGGCAGCUGUAGUUUGUACGUCUUCCUGAGGCAGGUUUGGUUUGAGGAGAGCUUCAGCUGGCAGAGCAAUGGCAGGAGCAGCCCGUCUCCACCAAUAAGCCAAGAGCAAAACUCCUCCAACCUUACCUGGAGAGUUGAAGGAUCUGCCCUGAUCAACCUCAAGCAUCCUAACCAGCCAGGAGAGGACGGUCACAUAGCCGAUGAGCUGUUCAAGAAAGUGCGAAUCCUGUGCUGGGUGAUGACCGGACCCAGUAACCUCCAGUCAAAAGCUCAGCACGUGAAGAACACAUGGAGUCGCCACUGUAACGUAGUGCUAUUUAUGAGCUCAGAAGAAGACCGCAGUUUCCCCACGGUUGGCCUCGGCACUGGUGAAGGCCGAGACCAACUGUACUGGAAGACCAUCCGUGCCUUCCACUACGCCCUAAAGAACCACGGCCAUGAGGCAGACUGGUUCCUCAAAGCAGACGAUGAUACUUUUGUUGUUGUGGACAAUUUGCGAUGGAUCCUGUCGAACUACACACCGGAGCAGCCUAUAUAUUUUGGCAAGCGAUUUAAGCCGUACACCAAGCAGGGCUACAUGAGCGGUGGCGCAGGGUAUGUGCUCAGUAAAGAAGCUCUAAGAAGGUUUGUGGAGGGGUUUAGCACUAAAGUGUGCACUCAUACUACACCGGUGGAGGAUCUGGCGAUGGGGCAGUGUCUGGAGAAAAUGGGGGUCCUGGCUGGAGACUCGAGGGACUCGCUGCACAGAGAAACCUUUCAUCCUUUUAUUCCCGAGCAUCAUCUUACUGGAAAGUUCUCCAAGACCUUCUGGUACUGGAAUUAUUGCUAUUACCCAAUUGUAGAAGGCCCUCAGUGCUGCUCUGAUCUGGCAGUUUCUUUCCACUACGUAGAUCCUGUGCUCAUGUACACCCUUGAAUACUACACUUACCAUCUGAGGCCGUUUGGCUACCAGCACCGCUACCAGCCUCCAGUGCCUGCUGUCCUGUCAUUACUGUCCCAAACUGUGAAAACCACCACAGAAACUCAGAGAUCGGAGGAGGGCGCUAAAGAAAAACCAGCUUUAACAAACUCAGUGAAUCCCAGAGCUGAAGAAGUACAGACAACUGAAACAAGUUACAAAAUCACAAAUGCUGCCCAGGAGAGAAACACAACCCACAGAAGUGCAGGGUGAUUGUGUGUCUUGGUGAAUGGAGUGUUCUGUAAGUCUGAAAUGAAGGGACUGACUAAUGUGAAUGGUAAAGUUGUGUAGCAUUUUCUGUGUACUAUAAGCAUGUGUUGUAUUGGGUACAGAUUUCAGCUGAUUACCAAAAGGUAAAGUGUGCUCCAUUAACAUUGGAAACCUUGGUUAACAUGAAAAAUUGCCUUUAUUGAUUAACCAUUUGAUCUUUUCAUUUAACCUUGUGAUCUUUUUCAUCUUUUCAACAUUAAAAACACGUUAAAAAUCA